AUGCGUUCUCACAAGGCGACCAUCGCGGCUGGCGCCGUUUUCGCGGUCCAGCACGCCCUCGGAGCAGGCCCCCUCCAGAUCCCCUUUUCCACCGACAGACUGACGAACUCGGACUCGGUGCCCGCGACCUACGGGCCAGACGGGCCAUGGCAGGCAGCCCUCGUCCAGAUCGGCAGCAGCUCAGCCAGCGCAAACGGCGUGUUCGCGCCCUUCUGGCCGAGCGGUUCUUACCUGGUCCAGGUCCUGGACGGCGUGGCCCCGGGCAACUACACGACCAAGGACUCGAAAUCAGCAGUGGGCACGAGGACCUCGCUGGGGCAGAGCGACUCGUGGUGGUCCGACGCGUUCAUGAACAGCACCUUCGAGGCCAAGGGCUUCUUCGACCAGGUCACCCUCACCGGCAAGACGGGCGACUCCUCCAGCAAGGUCAACGCCAGCGUCGCCGCCGCGACCAAGUGGACGGUCCCGGCCGCCCAGGGCGCGACGUACACCCCGUCUGUCGGCAUCCUCGGCCUCGGCCCGGACACCAGGGCCGGCCCCGGCGACAAGAGCGGCGCCCACGACUCGAUCCUCAAGCAGCUCCAGUCGCGGGGCAGCAUCCCCUCGCAGUCCUUCAGCAUGCACCUCGGCAGCGUGGCGCACAGCCUGCCGGGCUCCCUGCUCCUGGGCGGCUACGAGGACAACCGCGUCAUCGCGCCCGUCGCCACGCUGCGCAUGCAGGCCGGCCUGCACACCGCCUUCCUCGUCGACGUCACCCUCGGCGUCGAGGUCGGCGGCUCGCCGUGGUCCGACAACGGCAGCGUCCCGGGCAGCGUGUACGCGGGCAACGACGGGGCCCCGCGCGCCGUCGAGCUCGUCAAGCAGCUCGGCGGCGCGGCGGGCGCGUCGCUCGUGACGCUCAACGCCGCGGACCCCUACAUGUACCUGCCCGCCAGCACCUGCCGCGAGGCCGCCAAGCACCUGCCCGUGACGUGGGACGAGCGGCUGCAGCUGUACCUCUGGAACACGGGCGACCCGCAGUACGGGCGCAUCGUCAAGUCGCCGGCGUACCUGGGCCUCGUCGUGUCGGACAAGGACGCGCAGAACGUCACGAUCAAGGUGCCCUUCGCGCUGCUGAACCUGACGCUCGAGAGGCCCCUCGUCGACGCGCCGACGCCCUACUUCCCCUGCAAGCCGUACGACGGCGACACCCUGGGCUUCUGGCAGCUCGGCCGGGCCUUCCUGCAGUCGGCCUUUGUGGCCGUCGACUUCGACGCCAACGCGACGUACCUGGCCCAGGCGCCCGGGCCGAACCUGUUCCAGAGCGUGACGCGGCCGAUCAACGCGGGCCACGGCGCGGCGUCGUUCCUGGCCAAGCCGCCGAGCGAGUUUGCGAGGUCGUGGAACGGCAAGUGGGAGGUCCUGAUGCUGAACGGGAACUCGAUGGGCACUGGGGGCAGCUCCGGACUGUCGCCCGGAGGAAUCGCCGGCGUUGUGAUCGCCGCCGUGGCUGUGGUGGCGCUGAUCGGGUUCUGCAUCUGGCGCCGGAAGAGGGGGAGCCGCAAGGUGGCGCCGGCACUGCCCCCGAGGGGAUCGGCUCCGAUGGUGUCGGCGGGAGGACCGAUGCACGAGUAUUACACCCCGAACGGGGGCGCUGGCGAGUUGGAUGGGCGAAGCGCGCCGGUCCACGAGAUGGAUGGGUCGUCGUCCAACGGGACGCACGAAGCUCCCGCGAACCCUGUCUACGAGCUUCCUCACACUCACACCGACAAUAGGCCCAAUCACUAG